CCUCUCCUCAUAGAUCCCUCAAGGGGAGAAUGUCUUUGGAAAAUUCCUCUUCAGUGACUGAAUUCAUCCUUGCAGGCUUAACAGAUCAAGCAGAGCUCCAGCUACCUCUAUUCCUCCUGUUUAUGGGGACCUAUGUGAUCACUAUAGUGGGAAAUGUGGGACUGAUCAUUUUAAUCAGGAUGAAUUCUGAGCUUCACAAUCCUAUGUACUAUUUCCUCUUCAACUUAUCUUUCAUAGAUCUUUGCUACUCCUCUGUCUUUACUCCCAAAAUGUUGAUGAAUUUUGUCCUAACCAAAAACAUCAUCUCUUAUUCAGGGUGUAUGGCUCAGCUCUUUUUCUAUUGUUUUUUUGUUAUAUCUGAAAACUAUGUAUUGACAAUAAUGGCUUAUGAUCGUUAUGUCGCCAUCUGUAAUCCAUUGCUAUAUAAUGUUAUUAUGUCCAAUCAGGUGUGUUCAUUGCUAUUGGGUGGGGCAUAUGUAAUGGGGUUUGCUGGUGCAAUAGCCCACACUGGAUGCAUGUUGAGACUGUCCUUCUGUGAUGCCAACAUCAUAAACCACUACAUGUGUGACAUACUCCCUGUCCUCCAGCUUUCCUGCACCAAUACAUAUGUCAAUGAGCUGUUGGUUUUCGUUUUUGUGGGCAUUAACAUCACAGUACCUAGUGUCACCAUCUUCAUCUCUUAUGCUCUCAUCCUGUCCAGUAUCCUGAAAAUCAGCUCCACUGAAGGCAGGUCCAAAGCUUUUAGCACCUGCAGCUCCCACAUAAUUGUGAUCACUCUUUUCUUUGGUUCAGCUUCAUUCAUGUAUUUCAAGCCAUCUUCAUCAGGGUCUGAAGAGCAGGGGAAAGUUUCUUCAGUCAUUUACACAAAUGUGGUGCCCAUGCUAAACCCCAUCAUUUAUAGUCUUAGGAAUAAAGAUGUUAAGGUUGCCUUUAGGAAAACCUUGAAAGGAAGAAUAUUUUCCAGAACAAGCGCAGGAUUUUCAUAA